AUGUCGCAGCGCUCUUCUCAAGUUGGGGCUUCGCUGCCUGUUGCCCAUUUGGCUAAUAUUUUUCAGCUGCAAACCACUGAUGACGAUGAUGACGAUGGUGGUAAUGUGUCGAUGACUUCGAUAUCGUCGUCCGACUGUGACUCGACGGACAACGAAGAAGUGCUACCCGUCGAGGAAGACAGCGAUGACGCUACGCUCCCCCCUUCACCUCACAAUCAUUCUCCUUCAUCACCAGAUCCACAUUUAUCACUACCUGCUACUUCUCUACCUGCCAAUUCACCCCCUACUUCUCAUUCAGCUCCUUCUUCUUCAGUCACUGCUGUUUCUGUGUCAUCAACUCUUCCCCAUCAGCAACCACCACCUCAACCUCGUCAGCAGCCAACUAGAAAACAACCAGCUCGUCGUCGAGCAACUCAACGUCGAGCAACUCAACGUCAUUCACCAGCUUCCUCGUCUGAGUCAUCUGACUCUGAGCCUGAGCCAGCUGCCCGUCUUGAUCGCCGCACUGAUGCACUGCCUGUCGAGCAUUUGUGCCAUGUUCCACCUGUGGAUGAUUACCAACGGCAAUUACCACAAUUUGCACCACGAAGGCCGGCAGGAUUCUACCCUCCUCAACCGUAUCCUACCACUGCUGUAGAACGUAUGUGUUUGAUGUCUUUUCUCUGCAUCUGUCUUCAUGGUAUAAUAUUGUGUAGAAACAGUAACAUCAACGGUGAAGAUAACUGCAAAAAAAGUUAUAGAGGCAAGUCUGGAGGACGGCGAGGGGAGGGUAGUUUUCGACCAGUGACGGUUGUCGAGAUGAACUCGCUGAUUGGGCUCUUGAUAUACAUGGGACUUGUCAAGGUUCCUGAGCUCACAGAUUACUGGCGCACAACUUUUCCCUUUUACGGGUUGUGGGCCAGAAAGUUCAUGUCUCGCGACCGUUUUGACGCAAUCCUAUCGGUCCUACAGAUGGAAAAUCCUCGUACUGAUAAGGACCGAGAGGCUGACCCAUUGAGAAAAGUUCGUACAGUAUACGACGAAUUACGUAGAAAUUGUCUUGAAUAUGGUCAGCCUCAAGCCCGUGUCUCACUUGACGAGCGCAUGGUGAAAGCCAAAGGCCGUUUUGCUUUUAGGCAAUACAUCAAAAACAAACCCGUCAAGUGGGGUGUGAAGUUGUAUUGUGUAUGCGAUUCUAUUUCUGGCUACACAUACAACUUCGAUAUUUACACGGGCAAGGAGCGUCAAUCAUCAGUGGCGGCGACAGCGGGAAUAACAACAUCACAAGCAGCAACAACAGCAGCUGCAACCACAACACCAUCAGCUGGCUCAGCUCGAAAACGACGGAAGACAACACUUCAGUCAGCAGAUGACACAAGUGUGAUCCAUCGUACAGUCAUGCGUAUGAUGGAUCCUCUCCUUGAUCAGGGGUACACUGUGUACACUGAUCAAUUCUAUACAUCAGGACCCCUGUUCAAGGAGCUCUAUGACCGGCGUACAAUGGCCUGUGGUACAGUCCAGAAAAACAGGAAGGGUGUUCCUGCCGAUUUUAAGAACAUUCGUCUGUUCUCAAAAUUGCCACGAGGUUCAUUUCGUUAUGAACGUGAUGGUCCACUCUGUACCAUUCAAUGGGUGGACCGUAACGUGGUAACGCUUAUGAGCACCCUUCAUUCUGGACACCAUCAUGCUCUUUGCGAAAGAUUCACCAAGGAUCGUGCAAAGUAUGAUGGGCACCACAGGAUCCGUAUUCUCAGACCUGAGGCUAUUUGCGACUACAACGCCCACAUGGGAGGUGUAGAUAAAUCAGACCAAAUGAUUAAAUAUUAUGAAGUAUUGCAUAAGAGCCUCAAGUACUGGAAGAAGAUCUUUCUGCACAUGAUUGACUUAGCUAUUCUCAACAGCUUCAUCAUGUUUACUGCCCUUCAAAAACAACAUCCUCAAGAUGAACGUCUCCAGAGGAAAGGGCAGUAUGCGCAGAAAGACUUCAGGUGUGAGCUUAUCCGAGGGUUGGCAGGAAUUGACAUUAGCGAACCAUUGGCACAAUUUUGUUUUUUGACAAAAAGGAUGAUACAAAUUUCCCCACCGACACCACAACAACGGAGACGACAACAACAAGAAGAACAACAACAACAACAGCAAAUACAGCAAUUACUAAUAUUAUCACAA